ACUUUAGGGGGGUUUUACUCCUCUAAUCAAGGAUAAAUUGGUGCCAGGUAGGUAGAAGUCUAGAACCAAUUUGCUGAUAUAUGCGUUUCCUUAAAUUGUGGGGUAUGUAUAUUUGUUUGCCAGUUGCCAUUGUGUUCCCCUUCCCAUAUGACUACCUUUUAACUGUCCCUUUUAUUGGCAGGCAGCUAUACUGUAAAUGUAAUCAUAAAACUUCUGUAGUCAUUCUCAUUUUUUCUUGUUAUUGUUAGAAGAGAUGAUGAUGGUAAUGAAAUCCUCUGUUCAUCCCAGUGUUGAAUCUGAAAAUGAGCACAGCGUCGGCUAUGAAUUUGAUCCCCAAUCUGAUUUUACUCAGUUCUUGGAAGAAGCCAAGAAAUAUGCAAAUGAGAAUAAAAUGCAAUCAAAAGCAAUAGAAAAUGUUGAAAAACAAGAGAUAAAGACCAAGAAGAAAUCAUGGAAAACUGCAUUCUUUUCAUUUUGGAAAUCAUCAUCAAACAAGAAGGCUAAGCAGCAAUAUCUUAAUAAUGAAACAAAAAUUGGUUCAAAAAACUACGCAAAGCGAUCCGGACACUUCUCUGGACCUGUAGGGUUUGUUGCCAGAGGCGGGCAACGGGUCCGGCAUCAGGCAUCAGGACCUCUAAUAGGUUUAUUUAAUCAGAUGAAGAGCAAGGACGGGCAGGAGAAUGAGAUAGCUUAUGUUACUCUUGAAAGUCUUAAUAGACCGGCAUAUGAUGCCAAAACUUAUGGUCCACUUUAUUUAGUGUCUUAAUAACUAACAUUUGGUACUUGAUUAGUUAAUGUAGUUCAGUUGUAAUCAAUUGACAGUUGGUUUUUGUAAGGAUUUGAAUUUAUUAAUUUAAUUGUUAAUAUUUUCUC